AUGGAUGUGCUCAGCCCGGGACAGGGCAACAACACCACCGUGUCCGGGGGUCCCUUCGGGACACGCGGCAACGCUACUGGCGUCUCCGACGUGACCUUCAGCUACCAAGUGAUCACCUCACUGCUGCUGGGCACGCUCAUUUUCUGCGCGGUGCUGGGCAAUGCGUGCGUGGUGGCCGCCAUCGCCCUGGAGCGCUCCCUGCAGAACGUGGCUAACUAUCUCAUCGGCUCGCUGGCUGUCACCGACCUCAUGGUGUCGGUGCUGGUGCUGCCCAUGGCUGCGCUCUACCAGGUGCUCAACAAAUGGACACUGGGGCAGGUCACCUGUGACCUGUUCAUUGCCCUCGACGUGCUGUGCUGCACCUCGUCCAUCCUGCACCUGUGCGCCAUUGCACUGGACAGGUACUGGGCCAUCACGGACCCCAUCGACUACGUGAACAAGAGGACGCCCCGGCGCGCCGCUGCGCUCAUCUCGCUCACUUGGCUCAUUGGCUUCCUUAUCUCCAUCCCGCCCAUGCUGGGUUGGCGCACCCCCGAAGACCGCUCGGACCCCGACGCGUGCACGAUUAGCAAGGACCACGGCUACACUAUCUACUCCACCUUUGGCGCUUUCUACAUCCCGCUGCUGCUCAUGCUGGUUCUCUACGGACGCAUCUUCCGAGCUGCGCGCUUCCGCAUCCGCAAAACAGUCAAGAAGGUGGAGAAGAAGGGAGCGGACACCCGCUUUGGGGUGUCGCCAGCCCCACAGCCCAAGAAGAGUGUAAACGGCGAGCCGGGGAGCAGCGAAUGUUGGCAGGGUGUGGAGAACAAGGCAGGGGGGGCUCUGUGCACCAAUGGCGCCGUGAGGCAGGGUGACGAGGGCGCCGCCCUGGAGGUGAUUGAAGUGCACCGGGUGGGCAACUCCAAAGAGCACCUGCCGCUGCCCAGCGAGGCGGGUGCUAUCCCUUGCGCCCCCGCCUCCUUCGAGAAGAAGAAUGAGCGCAACGCGGAGGCCAAGCGCAAGAUGGCCCUGGCCAGAGAGAGGAAAACGGUGAAGACGCUGGGCAUCAUCAUGGGCACAUUCAUCCUCUGCUGGCUGCCCUUCUUCAUCGUGGCCCUGGUCCUGCCCUUCUGCGAGAGCAGCUGCCACAUGCCCACCAUUUUGGGCGCCAUAAUCAACUGGUUGGGCUACUCCAACUCUCUGCUCAACCCUGUCAUUUACGCCUAUUUCAACAAAGACUUCCAAAACGCGUUCAAGAAGAUCAUCAAGUGCAAGUUCUGCCGCCGAUGA